AGACCAGGGAUUCGCCACUUUCUCUACUUUUUGUGGUUUACCAAUUUUGCGAACUGAGGUAGCAGUCGCAACCGCUGUGUAUUUGAUGAAACAUAUCAGACCCUACUUACUUACCCACUUUCUAACCUCGCAGGCUAUAAUUUCCCAACUCGUUUAACAUUUCAGAACAGACCGCAGGAUGAUGAUCCGUUUCGGGGCCAAGCACUUCCCCUUUUGCCUCACAGACGCGCUCGCGGUUUUGCUGUCGCGACCGUGCGUUCUCGCGCGUCUCGCCAGCCCGAAAGUCGGCAGCCCGAGUAAGAAGUCGGUUUUUGCACAACUAGCGGCACUCCAGGACACUUCUUCCGAGUCGGAAGGGGAGGACGACCCGGCUGAAGCACAAAAGAAACCCAUCCCCGCACGCCACGAGGAACACCCGCGUGCCGCGCUCGACGAGUCGGAGGAUGUCGGGGACGCCGCGGGUACCGCCCCGGCAGCCGCAGCUCGACCCGAGGUACCUCCGGACCCACCAUCGCCGGCUUUGCCGGAUGCAAGCACGACGCAAGGCCCGGGUAGUACCAGCCAGGAGCUAUCAAGUUCUCUUUUCCACCUUCGCGGAACCGGCAAGGCGGCGCGAUGGUCGGACGACCCGGGGCCGGGAUGGGAACGUAUGGAAGUAGAUGCGGGGAUCAAGAAUAUUGCGGAACCUGCGCGCACGCCGCCAUUUUUUUUCGCCAGCCGCACUACUAGCGCGGACCAAGACGUUCUGGACCAGGCGGCCGGGGAGUUCGGAAGCGCUGAGUCCGCCACUUGCGGCAGCCCGAUGGAUUCCUCCCAAGGCACGACCGCUGCUACUCCGGAAUCCACCGACGGGGGAAAGGGAAAGCCCGGUGAGCAAACAGCCCACCACGUGGCGGCUCGAGCGGGCGAGGCGAAGACCGCGGGAGCACUACUAGCAGCCCGCGCGAAGAACAACAAUCGCAGAGAACAACAAUUACGGCAGCCCGUAUUUUACCCGGGCGUCGCGAUGGACGGAGCUGCACCCACUAACUUUGCAGGUCCCUAUCCCUGCAUGUUUUCACCGCCUAAUUUUGAUUACGGCGGAGGCACGAUGCCUAACGGGAUGGGAUGGGCCGGCUUUGAUGGAACAAGUUGCGGGCCCGGCAAUUAUUUUGAUCCGCAGCAGCAGUUCCAAGUUCCGAUUGUGGGCUACUUUCCACAGCAAUUGUACGAGCCGGUCCCGAACGCGCCGGGGUCUUGAUAUGAUACAGAGAAAAUUGAAAUCAGGGUAUGGAACAACGCUUUGAAGACGAAUUUGCCUGCUUUACUGCCCCCGCGAUCGAUGGCGACGCGCUUCUUAUCCAGAGUUCUUUGAGAUGCGCUAGCACUUUUCAACAUCUAUGUUGCGAGAAUAAAUUGGCGUAUCCUGUUGACAGAAGUUGUUCCUUUCCUCUGACUUCCGAAUUUGCAAGUAAGUCGUGGUGUGGCGACCGGUGCAGGAAACGAACGGCAGCACCACGACGCCCAAAGCAGUGGUUGCCAUCAAGCUGACGGACAAAAGUGGUCCGACCGACGAGGAAACAGGGAUUUUGGCCGCUAGCUCCAGCGACGAUGGAUCUUCGGCGUACGACGUUUCUCCUAUGUGCGCGGACAAGAAGGACGGCGCGACUCGACGCGAUUCGGUGUCCUCGCCCGAGGGGGGAACCGGUGUACCCCCGUGGAGCACUUCCGCCAUACCUGGUGAAACAACAGAAGGGGCGGGAGCGAAAAGGCCCCAAGAAGGCAGAAAGCGGCAAGAAGUGGAGGCAGAAGUACCAUCACCAAGGCGAGAGGAAGUGGUGCAAAAUGACCUGGAGCGAAGUAGGUAUUUUCGCAAGGAAAACGAAGCCGCUGGACAAGCUCACACCGGUCCCGCUUCUGGCUGCGUGACUCCGGGUGGGACUGGUGGCCCGGCUCCACAAGACCGAGGCCUACUGUUGGCAGGACCCGGCGCGGCUCCCUACUACUACUACCCGCACUGCCACUGGGGAAACACGGGGCACUUUCUGGUGCCAUAUCCGUAUGCGCACACCGCAAUUUUUCGUACGCCCGUGCCCUGGAGCUCGAAGCGCGGCGGACAACAGCAAGGUGCCAAGGCAUCAGCUCGCAAAGGAAAAACUAAGCCAUCCGGAGGUUAUUUCCCCAGCCGCACCCGCCUGGAAGCGCUGCGAGCCUUCCAAUCUGGCGACGCAAAUGCGGCGCCGCCAGGAACGCCAAAAACCGAGGAAAAACUCCCGGAGGGCCAUGCGUUGGAGGACUUUUUCAAAAGCGACGAAGAAAUUCGCGCGCAGAGGAAGGCCUUGCUAAGCAAAAAUUCUCGAGGCGCCGCUUCGGACGUUGGAGGCCACCGCCCGAGUAGCCCAAGUGACAGUAACAGUCGUGGGACCAGCGGUGACGGGAAGGACAAGGAGUGGCAACUGCGGCGCCAGAUCAUUGCUUGGCAGGAAGCUGUGAAUGAAGACAAUAAGCGACGAGAUGCACAAGCGAUGUUCCUCCACCCGGGUGGACGAGCGGGCACAAAUUUCGCAAACACAGAAUCUAUUUUGCAAGGUACUUCUGCAGACAAAAAAGGUCCUCGUUCCCAACAUGGCCGCUUGGAUGUAACCCAUCGUGGCUGGCACCGUGAUUUCGCGCGGACGUGGUAUGGUGGUGGAAAAGGACCGACCUUGGCUGGGGAAGGACCGGCCCAAAAUUUCGACUUAGCGAAACCGAAAGCGAAUUUUCCGACACCGGAGCCAACGGUGUCUAGUAUGCCUUUCCGGAUCGGAAAGAAAAAAGGUGUGCCCAGCUCCGCGUCCUCUUCAAGCGGAUCUACAGCCGCCGGAGCGUCGGGCUCGGGCGGAGCCACGCCCGGAUACUUUUUUGGCACCGGGCUGGGGGCCGCUGGUUCGGCGGCACCCGCACGCGACCUGCGGAAGCCAGUAGGCGUCUGGGCGAAGGAGAUGGCGUGAGAUUUUUGGGGAUUCGCAUUUACCGCCGCAUGUCAAGCUAGAUAAAGAAGAUAAAACGCAGUACCGGUCGAGCACUAUUUUUUCAUACACGGACCAAGGUUUAGAAGACCCGCACUUUAUUAUUUUUUGUAUCAACCCUGUUGGAGCUCCUGCAGUUAUGCAGGCUAGGCGAUGUCUUUCCAUAUUCGACUUUACUGUUUACUUUGUACGAUUGUUUAGGGCUUUAUAUGAUCGCGAAAACCACAACGAGCGGCGACUGCCGCUGCCACUGGAGGCGGCCAUCGCGGAGGAGAAGCUCCGCUUUGCUAUUGAAGAGGCGUUGUCAACAAGCUGCCUCGUGAUCAGAUACAGAUACUCAUGGUGCUACGGAAGUAGAUACGCGCGUGUGAUAUAGCAAGCAACUAAGCGAGCAUAGCUGCACAAGAAAGCUUGUGUAUCAUGUUAAUGUGCUUAUUUGAUUGUGUUAGAAUUGGAAGUUUCAUUUAGCUCGCUCUUACUUUACGGCAAAGAGUUUCGUAGUGCAAUCCGGUCGUUGUGUUGCUCUCCCGAAGGAGAUGCUUCUUCACAUCAGAGCCAAAAUGUUGAGUAGGCUCGGCUGCACUUUAUGCUUUCUUGAGUGGUUUUAUAUAUCAAUGGUUUCAUUUCAUCACCGUGACGGCUUGUUCAGGACCAAAUAUAUUGACAGGAAUGCAGAGAAU